AUGGCAGAACAACAUUGCGGAACUCAGCAGAAUGCUCUACCCCUCGACUGGUCUUCGUGGUCAGUCGGGCCAUCUACAACCUCAAGACUUGAUCAUCCUUUCUUUAAUGGCUGCGACGAUUCCCAGCCAACUCCUCCCUACUACUACCUGCCCCCGCCUGGUUUCAGCUCAACAUUUCAACAUUACUCGGAUGAACCGGAGACGCCUCGUCAUGAAGAGUCCAGUAAUCCAGACAAGUCGACAGAAGUACUCUCGUCUCCUGGGUAUAGCCAUCUGGAAGAUGAGAAGCGAUUCAUUUUGAAUGCUCGUUUGAGCAACGAACCGUGGAAGGUCACUAAAGGGGCUUACAAGAACCGCUUCAAGUCCUUCCCCUCUAAGGCCCCGAACGUUUUAAGCAUGAGAGUAGACCCCCUCAAAAAGAAGUACCCCGAAGUGAAAGACAUCCCGGAACAGAGCAACAUAAUAAUUGAAAAGGCGGAACGCUCCGUCAAGAGAAAGAAAGGACCACGGCCGCCGCCGGAUUGA